ACCCUCGUAAACCCACCUCAACAAACGAGGGCAAAGCAUUGUCUGUGUUUUAUCGCAAAAUUCACCGUAAGUCCUCGUCUUUUCGAUUCGGGUGUAUUCAAUUCGGAUUUACGGGUUUUGUACGAGUUAUUCUUGAACGGGAGAAAUUUACGGGUUUUUGUGAUUUUGAUUAUUGUUACUAGGAAGGUGGUAGUUAAGAACCAUGGUUUUGUGGGUUUUUGGGUAUGGCUCUCUGGUGUGGAACUUUGGGUUUGAGUAUGAUGAGAAAGUGAUUGGUUUUAUUAAGGACUACAAGCGUGUUUUCGAUCUUGCGUGUAUUGAUCACAGAGGGACGCCUGAACAUCCUGCAAGAACUUGCACACUGGAAUACGAGGAAGGAGCCAUUUGCUGGGGUGUAGCUUACUGCAUUCGAGGUGGUCUGGAGAAAGAAAGAGCUGCAAUGGAGUAUCUAGAGCGAAGAGAGUGCGAGUAUGAUAGAAAGACGAUUGUCGAAUUCUUCAAGGCAAGUACAUUUGUAAUUCUAUGCUGUUAUAUACAUGAUUUCAUUUUCAUUAACAAGUUUCUUCGCGAGAAUGUGCCCCUUAUUAUAUUUUCAUGUGAUUUCCUUCUCCAGGAAGAAGAUUCGGAACAACCUGCUAUCACUGGAAUGCUAGUUUUCACAUCUACUCCAGACAAAGUGUCGAAUAGGUACUACCUAGGGCCUGCCCCGUUGGAGGAUAUGGCGAGGCAAAUUGCGACAGCACAUGGUCCCUGUGGAAACAACAGAGACUAUAUCUUCUUGUUGGAGAAAGCCCUGUUUAAUAUUGGCCACGAAGAUGACAUGAUAAUAGAGCUUGCGGCUGAAGUGAGGAAAUAUACUGAAAUCACCAGUAUUGUGAAAGCCACUGGUGUUGUGAAAUCGAAUGAUAGAAGGUUAACUGGAAUCACUGGAUCAUCCAGUCCCCGCGGUGUGCACAUGUCGUCUCCUCUUAAACUGCUCCCACUCCAAGAAGCUGUUGCCACUGAUUCGUGAUCCGAUUGCAUAUUGAAAUUGGAAGAGCCUCCGUAAUCAACCCAUAAUACCUAUCAUAGUCCCCGCUAAUUACAGCAACCGUGCACUUCAUUUUUCGAGCAUUAGACUAAUCAGGGGAGUGAAAAGAUACUGACAAGUCAGUGAAAGGUAUAUGUAAUGUCAAGUGCAAGUGAUUUGUUCGAAUGAUUAAAUGAAAUAUACUCUGUUAUGAUUUUCAA